AAAAUCGAUCUCAGCCCAGGUAUGUUCAAAUGGGCUGAAAUUUGGAGCAUAUGUUGGGGCUGAUGUGAGGAGGCUGUGAUAAAAUUUUCAGCUCGAUAUCCUGAUGUUUGACUGAGAUAUUCACCAAACAAGGGUCAAAAAUAGGUCAUUUUGGUACAAGGAUUUCUCAGCCCGGACCCGUCUAACGUAUUUAAAUUUUUUUUUUGUUAGAAAGAGCAUAUCAGGAUGCAGAGCACUACAGAGUUCUUUUUUUGAGAUUCUUACUUUUUUAGCGGAGAAAGGAGAUCACAAGUCCAAUGGCUCAAAAAACGCCCCAAAAAUGGGUGUCCAGUCACAUAAGUGUCUUUAUAUAUAAUAAAAAACAAAGCUUAAUUAAAAAAAGGACUCUGUAGUGAUCUGCAUCUCGACGCGCUCUUUCAAACAAAAAAAAAAUUUAAAUAUGUUGGACGGACCCGGACUAAGAAAUCCUUGUACCAAAAUCCAAAAAUCAUAAAUCGAGAAAAAACGAAAAACAUUUCUGGAUAUUUCAAAAAACCGCUGGUUUUUCAAAAACUGGUUCUCUGAAAUUCUGGAAUAUUUCGGGAAAAAAUGGAGGUUUUAGGAAAAAUUUUUAUUGAUUUUGAAAGAGCAGACGACGGGCUAUUUUCCUAUGUAUUUAUCUCAAUUUUGACAGUUCUUACGAAAAUUGACUUUUUUUGAGGGGGGGGGGGUGGCCUUAAUUCAAUUUUUUUUGUUCUCAAGAUCCAAGCCGAUUAGAUCGUGCGAUCUGUCCGAUCUCGAGCUGGUCCAAUUCUUAUCAGACCGCUUUAGUGUAGUCCUCUCCAGAUCAUGGAUCGGGAUUGGCAUUUCCUUGAUUAAAAAUAACCAAGAAAUAAUUUAUCAGAAAAGUAUAUUUCGAAAACUUAUUUGUUAUGCAUUGAACGGCGUUGUUUAUAUACCCUUGUGUGUUCAUAACAAAACGGUGAAUGAAUAAUUGUCAUGAUUUAUCAAUGAUUUUUGAAAAUCAGCUCUUCUCCCAUAAUCGCGAUAAAAUCUGAUAUAAUCGUCGAUCUUUUGAAGAAAUACGGUAAAUCACGAUUUUACGCCAAAUUUUUAGAAAAUCGCGAAAAUCGCGGUGAUUCUCACGACAUGGGAUGUGUGGUUUUAGUUCGAGAACUUUAGAGAAAUUUCUGCUAUUAUUUUCAAAAAAGUAUAAAUGGGCACUAACCGAUGUUAUUUCAUACUAUCAAUAUAUAAACAUUCGAUUGUCAUCAUCAAUUAGCUCAAUAUUACGAAUGAUUGAUACAGAACAAGACGUAAUGGAGACACCUAUGAUAUAGGUUUCUACAAUCAUUUUGACCCAUUGCAGUCAAAACUAAAUUAUCAAACAUUGCAUCUCUUGAAGAACUGGAUAUUAGUAAAAUGUAUGCUCCAAUUCAUUCAGAUCACCAUUCGAUUAGAAUAUAAUAAUAAUCGAUAGCGCUUGAAUUUCUGCAGUCAUUAGACUCAGCGUCAAGCCAUUUUCUUUGAAAAGCCUUUAAUGAAAGACUCAGAUAUCAUUUCCAAGGAUCCACACCACACAAACUUACGUCAUACAAAGUCAUCAGAAAACUUGUAGUAGGUUAGAGCAAAAUUAACGAAAAACAGUUAGAAUUUAACUCAUAUUGAUACUCUCCUUAUUCUAGUUAAAGAGAAGAAAAAUAAGUCAAUAGACUAACAGAAAACUGUUUCACCUUUUUUUACUUAGAGAUAAACUACCAAUCAACUAAAUAGAAAGUACUCGAUUACCAGGAGUUAAGGAUAAAGUGAAUGCGAUUCUAAAUUAAAGAAAUGAUCAAUGUGCUUCUUUUUUCUUAACACUAUUUCUCUUCUAUUGGAUAUUAGGGGGUAGAUACAAUAUAUCAUACAGUGUCAACGAUGAACAAGGACGAUUAGCUAUGAGUUACUAUAAAAAAUUUUAUGUGUAUGAUGGUUACGAAAAAAAAAUAGAAGAAGUGAAGUUACAUAGUCGCCUUCGAAUUGACUCAUUGAAAAUUAUUCCGAACGCAAAAAUUUAUCAACCGGAUGACCUAUGUGAAUUACUAAUCCUAGCCCCGUUUAGUCCAGCUAAUGGUUUGCUUGUACUGGGCUGUGAUGGUCAAGUCUCACAACCAAUACGAUUUCAGAUAGAAUCUGGAAAAGAUUCAACAACUGUCGAAUUUAAAAUAUCAAAAGAUUGGAUACCAAAUUUUACAGCUUACGCUGAACUAACGGGCUCAAUCCCAAGAGUAAUGGAACUGACUCAUUCUCCACGUCGUCCAGCAAUCGUCACUGGUUCAGUAACAGUAGAAGUAUCAAGAGAUAUUUAUAAACUAAAUGUUUUGAUUACUACAAAAGAACCAAAUAAAAUUUAUACACCAUCAUCGAUCAUGCAUAUAGAUGUCGACAUCAAACAAUAUGUAGAUAAUUCACCUGUAAAAAAGCAGAACGAUGACGAAGAGGGUGGUGGUGGUGGUCCAAUGCGUGGUAAGUUCAGGUCAGCUCGUGGUGCUGAACAAAAAUUAGCUGUUCGAUCGAACUCCAAUCCACUCGCAUGUUGGACACCGUCAUCAAUCACUGAUUCAUCGGGACAUGUUUCAAUUGAGGUUAAAUUACCUGACAAUCUAACACGCUACCGUGUAUGGGCACUAGCAACGAAUGAUAGACAAUAUGGUUUAGGUGAAAUGCCAUUUUCUGUACAACUACCAAUUAUGAUUCGGCCUUCAUUACCAAGAUUUUUGAAUUAUGGAGAUAUGGCAUAUUUUUCAGUUAUUUUACAAAAUCAAACUGGUCUAUCAUUACUAUUACAUGCUGGUUUGAGAGCAAGCAAUGCUAAAUUGUUGACAGCCCAAACAAAUAGACCAGAAGUUGGCUACUCAAUUGUACUACCACCAAGUAAACGAGCUGCUCUUAUAUUUCCAGUAACAACUAUUCAUUCUGGUACAGCUCGAUGUCAGUUCAUAAUCAGUACUCCCAGAAAUAAAACAUCUGUAUCAUUUCAUGAUGCAAUUGAACUAAGUUUACCCGUAUUUACACCAGCCACGUCUGAAGCAUUUGCAACCUAUGGCGAUACAUAUGAAGAAGUCGUUUUUCAACCAAUAAAGUCACCAAAGAAUGUUCUUUCACAAUACGGUGGAUUAUCAAUAACAACAAGUUCAACAGCAUUAGCAUCAUUAACUGAUGCACUUAUUUCACUUUAUACAUAUCCGGAUGAAUGUACAGAACAAUUAAGUUCAAGAUUAUUAGGUAUACAAUCACUAUGGGAUGUGUUACAAGCAUUUUAUUGUAAAGAACUACCUGGUAUAUCAAUAUUGAAAACUAAAUUAGAAUCAGAUAUAAAUAAAUUGAAAGGUCGUCAGUAUCCAAAUGGUGGAUUUGGUUAUUGGACCAAUCGAAAGGAUUCUCAUGCUGAUCCAUAUAUGAGUGUACAUGUUGCACAUUGUUUAGCUGUUAUAGCGAAUAAAAAUAAUAUGCUGAAAAAUGCGCUAAAAUACCUUGAAAAUAUUGAAUCUGAAAUCGAUCAAUUAUCAUUCAGUAAAUAUUGGUCGGAACAAACUCGAUUUAGUUUAAUGAGUUAUGCAUUAUACGUUCGGGCGAAAUUUCUUCAAAAUGUGACGGAUCAAGCUUUACACUUAUUUCAACGAAGUGGAUUCGAAAAACUUAGUUUAGAAGCAUUAGGAUGGCUAUUAGUUGCAUUGUCUGCCGAGAAGAUACAUAAUAAUCAUCAAACAAUUGAACUAAUAUACAAAUACUUAAAAGGUAAAGUAAGCGAAACAAGUGAAACAGCGAAUUUUAUCACAUCAUAUGGUGAUGAUGGUCAAUUAGUGAUGUUACAUUCAAAUCAAAGAACGGAUGCCAUUUUAUUAGAAUCAUUAUUAUGCAUUGAUCCAAAUUCUACUCUUUGUACUAAAUUAUGUAAAGGUUUACAAGCAAAUAAAGUGAAAAGUGCAUGGAAAUCAACACAGGAAAAUUGUUUUGUAUCAGUUGCUUUAGAUAAAUAUUUUCAUAUCAAAGAGAAAGAUACACCAGAUUUCGUUGCUAAUAUUUGGUAUGACAUUGAUUAUUGUGGUCAACAUCAAUAUAAAGGUCGAACGACAAAUACAUAUACAAUAAAUAUUCCGAUGAAAGCAAUCCUGUCGCCAUCAUCAUUAUUCAACAUGGGUAAUAAUGAUAAGAAUCUAAUCAUGCAAAAACAUGGUAAUGGUCGAUUAUAUUAUCGUAUUGCAAUGAAUUAUGCACCGUCAAGUCUACAAUUAAAUGAAGUUAACUAUGGUUUUAAAAUUGAACGAACAUACACAGCUAUCGAUGAUCCAUCACAUGUUGAAAAACAAUCAGAUGGAACUUGGAAAUUCAAACUCCAGAAAAUAAUCAGAGUCACAUUAACAAUGGCAACAACACAACGACGAUAUCAUAUAGCAUUAAUUGAUUAUUUACCAGCCGGUUGUGAACCAUUAAAUACUAAAUUAAAAGGUAUUUUGAUGGAUGAUAGAAACUCAUCAGUAACAAGUUCAAAAAGAAAUUAUCAUUAUAAUAAAUAUCGACCAUUUUCAACUAUCGAUUGGACUGAACAUGAAAACUUAAGAGAUGAACGUGCCGAAGCAUUUCGAUCAUUAUUAUGGCCUGGCGUUUAUGAAUGGAGUUAUAUAAUGCGUGCAACAUGUGCUGGAACAUUUAUCAUUCCACCAGCAAAAGCUGAAGCAAUGUAUUCGCCCGAAAACUUUGUUCCAUGUACAACAGAAAAGGUUACAAUUGAAUAA